AUGUUAUUUUUCUACUUCUUUGCUCUCAAUAUAGGCACAGCCUGGAGUGCUCUCACAAACAAGACAAACUGUGGGAACGAUUUGUGCACUUGGUGGCAUGAUACAGGCGAGAUUAACCGAAACGCCCCUGUUCAACCUGGGAAUGUUCGCCAGUCUCAUCGAUAUUCCGUGCAGGUCAGCGUCGCCGGCCGUGAUGAGUUCCUUGAUUCCUUCGUCCAUGAGACAAUUCCUCGGAAUGGCAAUGGCAGAAUUUCGGCUCCGUCUGAUGCCCCCAAUAGCAACACGCUUGAGGACUCGACCGAUGACGGGAUCUCCAUUGAGCCCAGUAUUGGCCUGAACAUGGCAUGGACGCAAUUUGAGUAUAGUCAAGAUGUCGACCUCAAGAUCUCUACCAUUGAUGGGUCCCCUUUGGGGUCCCCAGAGGAUGUGAUUAUUCGACCUACUUCUAUCAAAUACUCCAUCACAUCGUCGGAUAGCGGGGAUAUUCUCGUCCGGAUUCCCUAUGAUCAGAAUGGACGCAAGUUCUCUAUUGAGUUCAAGAAUGAUCUAUACACCUUCCGCUCUGAUGGAAAACAAUACGUUUCGUCUGGAGGUGACGUUGUGGGGAUUGAACCGACCAACGCCCUCGUCAUUUUUGCCAGCACUUUUCUCCCCUCGAGCAUGAUUCCUGCGAUGAACUCGGAUAAUACCCAGACUAUGACACCUGGUCCAAUCCGCCAAGGAGAUUGGGGUGCCAAGCCCAUUCUUUAUUUUCCUCCGGGUGUCUACUACAUGGAUGAGGAUACCAAUGGUGUCUCUGGAAAAUUAGGCUCAAGCCAUAUGAUCCUCGAUCCACAGACUUACUGGGUAUAUAUUGCCCCCGGUGCAUACGUCAAAGGCGCUAUUGAGUAUACCACACAUGCAUCGAAAUUCUAUGCCACGGGACAUGGUGUUCUCUCAGGAGAGCACUACGUCUAUCAGGCUAACGUGGAUAAGUCUUACACUAGUCACAAGAGUGACGCAACCAGCCUGCGGAUGUGGUGGCAUAACAGUAUCCAGAGUGGCCAGAAAUGGUUCUGUCAUGGCCCAACUGUCAACGCGCCCCCAUUCAACACAAUGGACUUCAACGGGGAUGUGAACAGCAUCAGCAGCGAGAUCACCGAUUAUAAACAAGUCGGCGCAUACUUUUUCCAGACUGACGGCCCGCAAAUCUAUCCUAACAGCGUUGUUCGGGAUGUCUUCUGGCAUGUCAAUGACGAUGCUUUGAAGAUCUACUAUAGCGGCGCUUCAGUGUCCCGUGCCACUAUCUGGAAGUGUUUGAAUGAUCCUAUCAUCCAAAUGGGCUGGACGACUCGAAAUGCUCACGGGGUCACCAUCAAUACACUGAAUGUGAUUCAUACUCGCUAUAGGAAUUCCCAAACCGAUGUGCCAACGACUAUCAUUGGGGCCUCCCCGUUCUAUCAAGGCGGAAAGGCCGAUCCAAAGCAGUCUAUUAGUCUUACAGUGUCAAAAUUGAUCUGCGAAGGACCAUGUCCAUCACUUGUCCGCAUUGUCCCUCUGCAGAGUUAUCGGGAUUUUGUUGUAGAGAAUGUUGCUUUCCCGGAUGGUCUGCAGAGAAAUUCUAUUGGCAUUGGCCAGAGUAUUAUCCCAGCGGCUCCUGGAGUGGAGAUGGACUUACAGAUAUCGAAUUGGACGGUGGGAGGAGAGCGUGUCACCAUGAAGAAUUUCCAGUCUGGCGAUCUUGGCCAAUUGAAUAUCGAUGAGAGUUAUUGGGGGCAAUGGAGUAUUUCUUGA